AUAUAAGUAGUGUCCCGAUUGGCCUUAUCGCUAGCUAAAAAAGUUCGCCAACGCAUAUUUGUGUACUUGGCCACGCCGAAAACUCGCCUUCAGCCAGUGCACGUCCCCAUUGGUCAUCGGAAAUGGCACGCCCAAUUUUUCCGAAUCAGCAAAAGAUAGCUGAGAAGCUGAUUAUCUUGAAUGAUCGCGGCCUGGGCAUACUGACGCGAAUAUACAAUAUCAAAAAGGCCUGUGGCGACACCAAAUCCAAGCCGGGCUUCCUCUCCGAGAAGUCCCUGGAGUCGAGCAUCAAAUUUAUUGUGAAGCGAUUCCCCAACAUCGAUGUGAAGGGCUUGAACGCCAUCGUCAAUAUCAAGGCGGAGAUAAUUAAAUCGCUCUCCCUGUAUUACCAUACCUUUGUGGAUUUGUUAGACUUCAAGGACAAUGUCUGCGAGCUGCUCACCACGAUGGAUGCCUGUCAGAUCCACUUGGACAUAACGCUGAACUUUGAGUUGACCAAAAAUUACUUGGAUUUGGUGGUGACAUACGUCUCUUUGAUGAUUGUAUUGUCCAGAGUCGAGGAUCGCAAGGCUGUGUUGGGUCUGUACAACGCUGCCUUUGAGCUCCAGAACAAUCAAGCGGACACUGGCUUUCCCCGCCUGGGCCAGAUGAUCCUGGACUACGAGGUUCCCCUCAAGAAGCUAUCUGAGGAGUUUAUUCCCCACCAGCGACUGCUGACGAAUGCCCUACGCUCGCUCACAUCCAUCUACGCUCUGCGGAACCUGCCGGCGGACAAGUGGCGGGAGAUGCAAAAGUUAAGCUUGGUGGGUAAUCCUGCUAUACUCCUGAAGGCCGUACGAACGGAUACCAUGUCCUGCGAGUACAUCUCGCUGGAGGCCAUGGACCGCUGGAUUAUUUUCGGUCUCCUUCUGAACCACCAAAUGCUGGGCCAGUACCCAGAGGUGAACAAGAUCUGGGUGUCUGCCCUGGAGUCCAGCUGGGUGGUGGCCCUCUUCCGCGACGAGGUCUUGCAGAUACACCAGUACAUACAGUCCACCUUUGACGGCAUCAAGGGCUACAGCAAGAGGAUAGCCGAGGUCAAGGAGGCGUACAACACAGCAGUUCAAAAGGCAGCCCUCAUGCAUCGCGAGCGCCGCAAGUUCCUGCGCACGGCCUUAAAGGAGCUGGCUCUGAUUAUGACAGAUCAGCCGGGACUGCUCGGUCCCAAGGCAAUCUUCAUCUUCAUUGGACUCUGUCUGGCGCGCGACGAGAUUCUUUGGCUUCUGCGUCACAACGACAAUCCUCCGUUACUAAAACACAAAGGCAAAAGCAACGAGGAUCUGGUGGAUCGCCAACUGCCGGAGCUGCUCUUCCACAUGGAGGAGCUGCGCGCCUUGGUGCGCAAGUACAGCCAGGUGAUGCAGCGGUACUAUGUGCAAUAUUUGUCCGGCUUCGAUGCCACGGACUUGAACAUACGCAUGCAGAGCCUGCAGAUGUGUCCGGAAGAUGAGAGCAUUAUAUUCAGCUCUCUGUACAACACGGCUGCCGGAUUGACUGUGAAGCAAGUGGAGGACAACGAGCUGUUCUACUUCCGACCCUUCCGUCUGGACUGGUUCCGUCUGCAGACGUACAUGAGCGUGGGCAAGGCUGCCCUGCGGAUAACGGAGCAUGCGGAACUGGCUCGUCUGCUGGACUCCAUGGUGUUCCACACGCGGGUCGUGGACAAUCUGGACGAGAUACUGGUGGAGACCUCUGAUCUGAGCAUCUUUUGCUUCUACAACAAAAUGUUUGACGACCAGUUUCACAUGUGCUUGGAGUUCCCUGCUCAGAACCGCUACAUCAUAGCCUUCCCCCUCAUCUGCAGUCACUUCCAGAACUGCACGCACGAAAUGUGCCCGGAGGAGCGUCACCACAUUCGGGAGAGAUCGCUGAGUGUGGUCAACAUCUUCCUGGAGGAGAUGGCCAAGGAGGCGAAGAACAUUAUUACCACCAUCUGCGAUGAGCAGUGCACCAUGGCAGAUGCGCUGUUGCCCAAGCACUGCGCCAAGAUCCUGUCCGUGCAGUCCGCCCGCAAGAAGAAGGACAAGUCCAAGUCCAAGCACUUUGACGACAUACGCAAGCCAGGGGACGAGUCGUACCGAAAGACACGCGAGGAUCUGACCACCAUGGACAAGCUGCACAUGGCCCUAACGGAGCUCUGCUAUGCCAUCAACUACUGUCCCACCGUCAAUGUGUGGGAGUUCGCUUUCGCCCCUCGCGAAUAUCUCUGCCAAAACCUGGAACACCGCUUUUCGCGAGACCUCGUGGGCAUGGUGAUGUUCAACCAAGAGACAAUGGAAAUAGCCAAGCCCUCGGAGCUGCUGGCCAGCGUGCGAGCCUAUAUGAAUGUGCUGCAGACCGUGGAGAACUAUGUCCACAUUGACAUAACGCGGGUGUUCAACAACUGCCUGCUGCAGCAGACGCAGGCCUUGGAUUCGCAUGGCGAGAAAACCAUUGCCGCCCUGUACAACACCUGGUACAGCGAGGUUCUACUGAGACGCGUCUCUGCCGGCAACAUUGUGUUCUCCAUCAACCAGAAGGCAUUCGUGCCCAUUUCCCCCGAGGGCUGGGUGCCUUUCAAUCCGCAAGAGUUCUCCGAUCUCAACGAACUACGCGCUCUGGCAGAGCUCGUCGGUCCCUAUGGCAUCAAAACGUUGAACGAGACCCUAAUGUGGCACAUAGCCAACCAGGUGCAGGAGCUCAAGUCGCUCGUUGGCACCAACAAGGAGGUGCUGAUCACUCUGCGGACCAGCUUUGACAAGCCGGAGGUGAUGAAGGAGCAGUGCAAGCGGCUCCAGGACGUAGACCGUGUGCUGCAGCGCAUGACCAUCAUUGGAGUGAUCAUCUGCUUCCGCAAUCUGGUGCAUGAGGCUCUCGUGGAUGUGCUAGAUAAACGCAUUCCCUUCCUGCUGAGUUCGGUAAAGGACUUUCAGGAGCAUUUACCUGGCGGAGACCAGAUACGCGUCGCCUCUGAGAUGGCGUCGGCAGCUGGUCUGCUCUGCAAGGUGGACCCCACACUGGCCACCACGCUCAAAUCCAAGAAGCCGGAGUUUGACGAAGGCGAGCAUCUCACGGCCUGCCUGCUGAUGGUGUUCGUGGCCGUCUCCAUCCCGAAACUGGCGCGCAACGAGAACUCUUUCUACAGGGCCACCAUUGACGGGCACUCGAACAACACGCACUGCAUGGCGGCGGCCAUCAACAACAUCUUUGGCGCUCUGUUCACCAUUUGCGGGCAGAACGACAUGGAGGACCGCAUGAAGGAAUUCUUGGCGCUGGCCAGCUCAUCGCUGCUCCGCCUGGGGCAGGAGUCCGACAAGGAGGCUACCCGCAACCGUGAGUCCAUCUACUUGCUGCUCGAUGAGAUUGUCAAGCAGUCGCCGUUCCUCACCAUGGAUCUGCUGGAGUCCUGCUUCCCCUACGUCCUUAUCCGCAACGCCUACCAUGGCGUCUACAAGCAGGAACAGAUACUGGGUCUCUGAGCGGCGUUCGAUCACCGAGUAUUAUUAUAAGCGCCGUCGCUGUAUUCCGAAUAUUAUACGCCGUAGCCCGUAGCCGUAUCCGCCGGUCGACUGUCGAUUGUCGACUGUCGAUCGCUAUGCUAAUCUAAUAUACUCCUAAAGCUGUUAAACAUACCCCUAAUUGUAUUCUAGACUCUGCAUUUUUACACAACUUCGAAUAAAGUGCUUAUGUAAACCAAA